AAUCAACAACCGAGGGAUCAUCUCGUCGACCACGUGACCAGCAGAGACACGCGUCGGAAUCCGAACUGAUCUCCGCGAUCCGAACCAGUUCGGUCAGUCCGGCCAGACCACCCAGCGCAAUGAUCCAACGUGGUUGGCCAGAGACCGAUGUGGAUGCAGUGGACGAGAAAAUCGUUCGGAAAAGUGACUCAUUAGAUGUGAAAAAGACCAACUCUAUGGAAUCAAUACAUUCACGUCAGGAAUUGCAACGAUCACGGGACGAUCUGCAUCGGUCGAUGGAACGUCCCCGAAGUCAAGAACACGGCUCGAGAACGAAGUGA